AUGACAGUGUCAGAGUUACCUCCUACGAAGGAUGAGAUUGAUCCCAAAAACUCGCCUAACGAACUGACUCAUGAUGUUGUGUUCGGCGAGAUCACUGAAGACGGACCUAAUUACCGCAAUGUGGGGUUUGUGGGCACUAUCAUCCUCAUGAUGAAAACCCAGAUUGGCCUGGGAGUACUCUCAAUACCUACUGCCUUGGACACCCUGGGGAUUGUACCCGGUGUCAUCUGUCUAUGUGUCAUUGCGUGUAUUUGUACGUGGUCCAACUACAUUAUUGGUACUUUCAAGUUGAAUCACCGUGAGGUAUAUGGCAUCGAUGAUGCCGGUGCUCUGAUGUUUGGCCCAACUGGUCGAGGGGUCCUCUCAGUAGCAUUUUGUCUCUACUGGGUGUUUGUUAGCGGCUCUGGAAUCCUCGGUGUCUCUAUCGGGUUCAACGCCGUCUCAAGCCAUGGUGCAUGCACUGCCGUGUUCUCUGCCGUUGCCGCCAUUCUAGGAUUCACUCUUAGCAGUGUGCGUACACUCGGUCGAAUCACUUGGCUUGCAUGGGUUGGCCUCCCUUGCAUCCUAACUGCAGUCAUGAUUGUGACUGUUGCCGUGGGCAUACAAGACCGUCCCGCUGCAGCACCGAAGGCCGAUGAGCCCUGGGUCUCUGAUUAUAAGAUAAUCGGUCAUCCAUCCUUCACGGAGGCGAUAACUGCAGUCUGCAGUCUUGUAUUUGCAUUUUCUGGAACUCCAGGGUUCUUCGCUAUUGUUUCUGAGAUGCGCGACCCUCGAAAAUACACACCAGCCCUACUAGUCUGUCAGGCCGGCGUCACAGCAAUAUACAUAGUAAUUGGCUGUGUUGUCUACUAUUAUUGCGGUUCUUAUGUCUCUUCUCCAGCACUCGGAUCGGCUGGAGGUGACGUGAAGAAAAUUUGCUAUGGCUUCGCACUGCCAGGAUUGAUUGUUACUACAACAAUCUGCUCACAUAUCCCGGCAAAGUACAUCUUUGUUCACAUCCUGCGCGGCUCAAGGCAUCUGAAUAGCAAUAGCGUCACCCACUGGGUCACUUGGCUCAGCUGUACUUCAGGUAUUGCUAUAGUCGCUUAUCUCAUCGCGAGCUCUGUCCCUGUAUUUGACUCGUUGGUUUCUCUCAUUGGUGCUUUGCUGGGAACCCUUAUGUGUUUUCAGCCAAUGGGUUGUAUGUGGCUAUAUGAUAACUGGGCUAAAGGUAGGAAAAGUUCGAGGUACUGGAUUCCCAUGGUUUGUUGGAGUGUUUUUGUGGUACUCAUAGGGUGCUUUAUUACUGUUGCAGGCACUUAUGGGUCUAUUGUUGGGAUCAUAGAUUCAUAUAGAGAGUCUGGGGGAUCAGCGGCAUUCUCUUGCGCCGACAACUCAAACUCCACCUGA